GAAAAUAAGAGGAGGACGAGCGAGAGAGAGUAGGCCGCCUAUCCCGCCGCUCUCGAUAUAAGAUGUGUUUUCCCCCCAAUCCUCUCUCUCUCUGCCUGCGUGUUCAGUCCGAGAGCAGUCCAUAGUUCCAUACCCAUCCCAAUCACCAGAGAGCAGCGAUGGAUGCCGCCGAGAAGCGCUCCGGCCUGGCGGAUCACAUGAGCGUCUCCGUCGGCGAGGCGGAGUACCCGUGCGUAACGCGUCUUCGUCACCGGCGCCUCAUCGCGUUCCUCCGGGACCAAGGAUUCCACGACUCCUACAACGAGUUGACGAACAGGACGCGCGCGCACAUGAGCCUGCGGCACCUGCGCGGCCUCGUCGAGCGGGGCCGGUGGUUGGCUGCCGUCGAAUACCUAGACAGGUACCUGCCGCCGCCCACCAUUCCGAGGAGCUACCACGCCAAGGUCCUCCGUAACUUCCUCGUGACGCACCACCGCUUCGCCGACGCCGUCGACGGCAUCGUCGAUAAGACCCUGCCCAGGCACUACCUCCAACUGAACAACGGCAGAGCCAUCAGCCACGCCGAUCUCAGGCUCCAAUCCAUCGCCUUCUCUAUACUACUCACCGUCGACGAACUCAGGGCCAACAUGAACUGGGAGAGGGUGCGGGAAAGGGCAUGGACUGUUGUCAACAGGUUGGCUCCUUCUACUCCAGAGCUGCGAGGCUGCAUCGCGCUGCCGGCCACCAGCAUUAGGCCGCACCAUGUACUCCCAAUUGCUUCCGGUUUAUGGAGUCGGAGGCGCUAUGUGAAGAGGAAACAAACAGGACGACCAGAAGCUAUCGUCAGGGCCAUGAAGAGCCAGCAACUUACGGUUCCAAGAAUUGGGUCUCUUGAGGAAGCAAAGGAAUUGUUGGCGGAUGUCCUUGAUGAAUCUUUACGAUAUGGCGUGCAAUUGAGCACCAGCGGUUUAAACCAUUCACUUCAGUCAGGUACGAAUGAAGGGGGGUAA